GUCUUCGAGGCGGUUCCCUUCCUCGCAUGCUCGGCGGGGGCGCUGGCGCUGGGAGCGGGAGGAUGGACAGUGGCGAUGGGGGGAGGAGAAGGCUGGCGAUCGUGUGCAGGACGAGAGAAGGGCCCGGGAAAGGGUCUGUCGAUGAAGUCAGAGAGGACGAUCGAUGAGAUCAAAGGGAGUCUGUUUCACAGCGACGGCAAGCAGCAUGGCAACAUCGAGGGGAAGGAGCAGCACACAGGAGUGUCGCCCAAUCUCAUGCAUGUGUUGCAUACCAUGGCAGGAAACCACCAGAAGAUCAUGGUGGAUGCUGAGCCCAGACCCCUCGCCCUCCCUCCUGCCAACCAAGCACCCAAGAAGGUGUACACCCUCCACGACGGCAUCCGGAGAGCCUUCCGGCACGAGCCCGUGUCUUCCUCCUCCGAGCAGCCAGCAGAAGCUUUCAAUGGCAGAUUCGUUGGCUCCGCGUCUAUUCCUCCGCAGACGGUCGCCAGCCAGGCAGCCCCUGUGAAACGUCCAUCGUGGCCAUACAGCAACACUGGGGCGUUGCCAGGCCAGGCCUUACAGAUUUCUCCCCCCUCUUCGCAGUCAGCAGCUCCUGUGAUCAUCCAGUACGAGACCAAGAGCGAGCAGAGACUCUACCAAGCUCGGCCUGAGUUCACUCCCCGACAAGCCUCACAAGCCGCCGUACAAGCCACCACCACCCUCAGCCCGCAGCGAGUCGCGCGAGUGCUCAACGCUGAUCGCAUCGCUACUCCCAAAACUCAACAGAGCCAGCAAGCAGGGAUCGGCAUCUCCUUCGUUCCCGACGAGUCCGACAGUAUCGUGGUUGCUCACCUCGUGCCGGGAGGUCCAGCUGAGACGUGCGGCCUGCUCCAGGUCGGGGACAAAGUACUCUUCAUCGAUGGGAUUGAGGUCAAGGGCAGAACGGUAACGGACGCCAUCAGGAUGGUGCUUGGCCCCAAGGAUUCCAACGUCGAGCUGGUAGUCGAGAAGCAGGAGAAUCCUCGCAGGAUCUUGUCUGUGAUCAUUCAAAGAGUGGCGCCAUCCGUGACUCCCCGGCUGUCCAACGUGGGAAAGCCGAGCGGUGGUGGGGAGCAGAACCGACCGAUGGGAAGCGGAGAAGCGAUCUUGUGAUGCAUUGGUGAUGGCCAAGGUGAUACCCUUGUAAUUCUACAACGCGAGGCAAGAAAGGCCCCAGUCACGCACUUUAACUUCAUUUCUUGUUUCAAUAAAUCUCUUGCUGGCG